AUGAGCGGUGUUCGCCACCACAUCAGGUUCCUGCUCCUGGCUGAAGCGGUGCUGUGUGCUGCCACCACACGGUUUCAAGAUGUGCUGAGCCCUGGAAGAACUUCUGCCACAUCCUACAAGAAGCUACAAGGCUGGUACACUGAUCAAAAUAAAUGGAAUGAAAAGCUUUAUCCUGUCUGGGAGGAAGGAGAUCCCAGAUGGAAGGACUGCUGGAAAGGCGGGAGGGUGACAGCCAAAUUGACCACUGACAGCCCAGCACUGGUAGGAUCCAACGUGACCUUUGUUGUGACUCUCCAGUUCCCCAAGUGCCAGAAGGAAGACAAUGAUGGCAACAUAAUAUACGAGAGAAACUGCACCCGGGAUCCUCCAGCUUCCCAGGAUCAGCAAGUCUAUGUCUACAACUGGACUGAAUGGGUCAACAACUGUGCCUGGGAAAACUGCACAAGCAACCACAGCCAGAACAUAUUCCCAGAUGGAAGACCUUUCCCUCAUUAUCCUGGCUGGAGGAGAAGGAACUUUGUCUACGUGUUUCACACGUUUGGUCAGUACCACCAAACAACUGGCCGAUCUUCAGUGAAGUUCUCAAUCAACACAGCAAACAUCACCCUUGGCAAACACGUGAUGGCUGUAUCCAUUUACAGGAGAGGGCCCUCAGCACACAUUCCAGUUGCAAAAACAAGCGCGGUUUACCUUGUCACAGACCUAAUUCCAAUAGUUGUGAGUGUGUUCCAGAAACAUGACCGCAACAUCUCAGACUCCAUUUACAUCAAAGACUCACCGAUCACGUUUGAUGUGAAGAUCCACGAUCCCAGCUACUAUCUUAAUAAUUCCGCCAUCUCCUACAAGUGGAAUUUUGGAGAUGGAAGCGGCUUAUUUGUAGUCAGUAGUUCCACUACAUCUCACAUCUAUACUCUGCAAGGAAACUUCACUCUGAAUUUAUCUGUCCAAGCCAUUAUACCUGUACCCUGCAGACCAGUGAUACCCACUGUACCACUGCCCACCUCAGCAGUAACCACUGAAGCAUCUUCUAAUUCAGACUCUUCUACCACUGUCGAAUCAGUGGAAGAUAAUCCUGAUGAAGGUUGCCAUAUUUACAGGAAUGGAUACUACAGUGCUGGUAUCUCUGUCGUAGAGGGAAUCCUUGAGGUAAAUAUUAUUCAGAUGACAAGCAUCCGGACGACAGAAAGUCAAGCUGAAAACUCACUGGUUGACUUUGUUGUUACAUGUCAAGGGAGUCUCCCCACAGAUGUCUGCACAGUAGUUUCUGACCCCACAUGCCAGGUGUCCAAGAGCAUGGUAUGUGACCCCAUUGUCGUCACUGACGAAUGCUUACUGACCAUCAGAAGAGCUUUUGAGGAACCUGGAACAUACUGUAUAAACAUCACCUUGGGGGAUGACACCAGUCAAGCCCUUGCCAGCGCGCUGAUUUCCGUAAAUGGAGGAUCAUCAUCAGGAACAACAGAAGGUGUCUUUAUCUUCCUUGGUUUGCUGGCAGUGUUUGCCGCCAUAGGGGCUUGUGUCCUUUACAAGAGAUACAAGCAGUACAAGCCUAUCGAGAGAAGUGCAGGACAAGCAGAGAACCAGGAGGGACUAACGGCUUACUUAAAAAAUUUCAAAGCAAUUUUGUUCCCUAGUAACACCGAGAAAAAUCCUCUGCUGAAAAGCAAACCAGGCAUUGUUUAA